CAACAUUGCAACUUGCUGCAACCACACCCCCACACCCCCACCCCCUCACCACCAUGUCCUCCCCGCUCGCGGCCGCCUCGGAAAAGCUCAGCGCACCCGCGCCCCACGAGCACGCGCACAUCUCGUCGCCGUACACCGACUUCUUCACCAACCUCGUGCACCCGGUCGCGCAGCCGCUCGCCGCGACGUUUGAGCGCUUCCACAACUUCAAGGAGUACUAUGGCCUCGUUCAGCCCGGCACCGUCGAGGGCCUCACUCGCGAUGUGAACAACACCCUCAUGUCCAACUACUUCUUCGAGGGAGCCCGCGCCGACCUGUCCAAGGUCGUCUCGCCCAACCCCGCGUUCCAGAUCACGCACUCGUUCCAGCUCGGCCAGAAGAGCAACUACACUCUCGGCACAGUCUUUGCCAACGCCAACACGUUCCUCCACGGCCAGUGGGACCCCUCGACCGGCGGUGUCAACAUGCGCGCUAACCAGACGUGGUCGGCGAGCGACAUUACCAAGAUCCAGGGCCAGCUCUCAUCCACCCCCGGCCAGACCAUGUUCCAGAUCGAGCACGACCACAUCGGCCCCCACUACUCGCUCAACCUCAAGUCGAUCAACCCCUCCCCCCUCGACGGCACUGGCCUCCACUUUGUCUCGCUCAUCCACUCGGUUUCGCCCCGCCUCGCCCUUGGAUUCGAGUCCAUCAUCCAGCGCACCACCCCCAACGACUUCAUCCCCGCCACCUCGUACCUCCUCAAGUACACGUCGUCGCCCGACGCCGCCACCAAGGCCGAGUCGCUCCUCCCCCCCGCCCCCGGCACCGCUGCCGUCCCCACUGCCCCCUUCACCCCUUCGUGGGCUGCCACCGCCCAGCUCCAGCCCUCGGGCAACAUCCAGGCGACCUACUUCCACAAGCUUAGCGACAAGGUCGACGUCGCCCUCGACCUCCAGACCAUGAUCCAGCCCGCAUCCUUCAUGGGCCCUGCUAAGCGUGACGCCCUCGCGUCCCUCGGCGCCAAGUACGAGUUCCGCAUGGCCACCUUCCGCGGCCAGAUCGACUCGGCCGGCAAGGUUGGGAUGCUGCUCGAGCAGCGCUUCACCCCCGCCUUUGCUUUCCUUGUCGGUGGUGAGAUUGACCACGCCAAGAACACGUCGCGAUUCGGUGUCGGAGUCAUGAUCGAGUCGAGCACCAUGACCCCCGAGGAGAUGGUCGCCGCCGGCAUGAUCCCUCCUCAGUAAAAAUGCGUCGACGACGCGAGACGAGAGGGGUGGAGGACGGGCCGCGAGGUUAUUCGCCCACAUACCAGUCCCGGCGUGGACACUCUGUGUAGGGGCGUAGAUCAGCCAGCGGCCCGGUGAGGAGUAGAGAGAGAGAGAGAGUGGGGUGCGUGGAUGGCACCCGACGAUGGAGGACGGAGGACGGACAGAAGCGCAUGCUGCAACAGCCAACAGAGAGAGGCUGGAGCGGACCCGUCGCGUACUGCACGCUUGUAUCAACGCAUCGAUGCACUAUUCAGCACUUGGACA